AUGGACCAAAGAAGAGGAGAAAAUGACAAGAUUGCUGACAAUGGAGCCAAGAAGAAGAAUCCAAGAGAGCCGACACGUUCAGCGCUCCCCAUUCAAUUCAAGAGCAAAAUUCAAGAACUAUCAGGGGCAAACUCCAUUGAUGGUGAGAUUUUGGUAAUUCAAAAGUCCCUGACCAGUCGUGAUGUUGAUGACCAACAGGGCUGCUUUUUUAUUCCAUCUAAUCAGAUACAAGAAAAUUAUAGAAAUUGUCUUGAUUCGGAUGAAGUGGCUCACCUCAAAAUGGGUGAGGAUCGUGACGAUGUUGGAGAAGAUCUCUUUUUUCUUCCCGUAAUAUGUGUCGAACCCAGGCUCAAAUUUAGUUUGUUGCUCUUGAAGAGGUGGAAUCCCAAUCCAGCUUCAGGAGAGGAUAGCAUGUGCUAUGGGUUAACUAAGAAUUGGAAUGAUAUAAAGUCCAGGAACAAUCUCAAAAUGGGAGACGUUUUGCAAUUAUGGGCAGUCGGAGCAGGGGAAAAUAUGUGGUUUGUUCUUCAUAAUCUGACAACUGCAGGAAAUGAAACUGACGAGGAACCAGAGAAUAAUGAAGCCAACAAUAAGACUUCAACAAAUCUGAGACGUACAGGGCUGCCCAUGAACCAAUCGUAUUACAUUCUGGGGGCUCUCAUGGGUAGCUCGAUUGGUCACGGCACGCCUCCUUAG